UUUUUUUUAUUAUUAUUUUAUCAGCUCUAGUCAGAGUUAAAAGUGGGUUAAUGAGAUUUGUUAGAUAGAAGGCAUGUAUAAUAUGGGAAUACUCCUGUUAAUAAAAAAUAUAUACUUGGAAAUGACGACUACGUUUAUAUAUUUUGAAUGUGUAUAUACAUGUUUAAACAUGUACGCAGUAAAAUAUCAUUAUAAAUGCUACUUGACUAUACAAUUUGUAGAGGCUAUAUUAAGCUCUUUCAUACAUUUACUAAUAGCUUUUUAAACAAUCUUCUAUAAAUGAAUGUUUUAAGGAAAAUAUUUUUGUUUUUAUUACAUCCAAGUAACCGUAUAGCUUCUUAUUAUCAAUCUAUUUAUCCAUAAAACCUGUUCAAUGUAUUUAUAUGUUAACUCUUUCC